GGCGCGAGAUAAACCAUGCCCCAUUUUUGCUCCCAGCAGCAGUAGCAGCGGCGGCGGCGGCGGCAGCGAUGACAGCCUUCCUCACGCUAACUUGAGAGUCAUCAGGAACCGAAACCUGCCCACGCUGGUGCCAUCCGUCCUCACUGCCCUGCCCUCUGACACACCCUGCUCGCAGCUGCUACCCGACACAGGAGGAAUAUGCAUCUGGAGAUUAAGGUUGCUCUCAACUUCAUCAUCUCCUACCUGUACAACAAGCUGCCCCGGCGCCGCGCAGACCUCUUUGGCGAAGAGCUGGAGCGUCUCCUCAGGAAGAGGUAUGAAGGUCACUGGUACCCAGACAGGCCCCUCAAGGGCUCGGGCUUCCGCUGCGUGCACAUCGGGGAGACGGUGGACCCGGUGGUGGAGCUGGCGGCCAAGCGGAGCGGCCUGGCCGUGGAGGACGUGCGCGCCAAUGUGCCCGAGGAGCUGAGCGUCUGGAUCGACCCCUUCGAGGUCUCCUACCAGAUCGGGGAGAAGGGCACCGUCAAGGUGCUCUACCUGGACGACAGCGAGGGCUGCGGUGCCGCGGCCGAGCUGGACAAGGAGAUCAAGAGCAGCUUCAACCCGGAGGCCCAAGUGUUCGUCCCCAUCGGCAGCCAGGACAACUCCCUGUCCAACUCGCCCUCGCCCUCCUUGGGCCAGUCGCCCAGCCCGACCUUCAUCCCCCGCUCCGCCCAGCCCAUCACCUUCACCACCGCCACUUUCGCCGCCACCAAGUUUGGCUCCACCAAGAUGAAGAAAGGUGGCGGUGGUGCGGGCGGGGCUGGGGGUGGCGGAGGAGGCCAGCAGCCCCCCGCCCAUCAGCCCCGCCUGGCCAGGUCUCCCACCAGCACCCUGCUGAGGCAGAAGGGCCUCUCUCUGUCUGUGCAUUCUCUGAACUUUGUCGGGGCCGGGUCAGCCCCCCAGUCCCAGCUCUCCCCCAACGCCAAGGAGUUUGUGUACAACGGCGGCUCCCCUGGCCUCUUCUUUGAUGGGGCCGAAGGGCCGCCCGGCAACAGCCUGGCCCCCGCCGCCUUCAGCGGCCCCGGCGGCAGCGGCAGCGGUUCUGGUGCUGGCGGCGGCGGCAGCGGCAGCUUCGAUGUGGCCCAGGUGUUUGGAGGCAGUGCCAGCGGCCUCUUCCUGGAGAAGUCACCCUUUGUGGAGGGCCUCAGCUACAACCUGAACACCAUGCAGUACCCCAGCCAGUCCUUCCAGCCCGUGGUCCUGGCCAACUGACCACCUGCAGGGGCCGGGGCAGCCGCCACCGCCACUGCCGAGAGAAAGGAAAGGAAAGGAAAAAAAAAGGGAAAAAUAGGAAUAUACGAAAAGAUUUCCCACCUUCUUCCUUCUGGAGAUGUAGAGGCCAGGGGCCAGGAGCUCCCCGAAGCCUCAACGCGCUUUUUAACUUGAGCCCCUGAUAUUUUUCUGCCUGUCUCUGAUUUUUUUGGUUGGCUGGUUUGGGGUUUGGAAUUUUUCUUUCUUUCUUUUUUUUUAUUUAGGAUUUUUGUUUUCCCCUAACAUCGUUAGUGGCUUCUUGUGCUGAAAGUGGUCCAGAUGGGCGUUUCCCCUUCCUCUCUCUCUCUUUCUCUGUCUCUGUCUCUCUCUGUCUCUCUCUCUGUCUCUCUCUCUCCCCUUGUACCUAGCUGAUCUGGAGCCUCUGCUGUCCAGAGAUGGCCCAAAGGGAGGGAAGGCCUCUCAGGUCCCUGGGGGAGAGGAUUGAGGAGGGAGGGUCUCCCUGUUGGGUCACAACCUCUCCCCCCUCCUCCUCCAAAGCUAUGCACCCUUUGCUGUAGUCUGGCUCUCGCGGCGUGCUGAGCAGCAGGGGUUCCCAGCCCACCCCGACCCAGUCGGCUUAGGCCAUGAGAAGAGUCUUUUGGGGUCUUCACCUCAGUUCUGUGGCCUCCCUCACCUUACCCCUUCCCAGCUUGCCCAAGCCUGUCAUCUCAGCGCCCUAGGAGAGCCAUGCCACCUUCAGCCUUCCGCGGCUCGGCAUCUCCCUGGUGACUCAGUUGCCCCAUUUCUCGGGUGGGUGGGGGAGGUCCUGUUUCAGAGGAUAGAAAGACCACAAAACCAUAUACUGGGGUGGGCGGUGUGUUUCUAGAUGUUGAGGGAUUCCUGAUGGGGAUGAGGUCAGCGGGGUGGGGGGAGGGCUGGUUCUGAGUCCUUUGGUGGGGGGUGGGGGGAUGGCCCUAGAACACUCUGAGAUCAAUUGGGGUGUGCAAAACUGAGCGAAAUUAGGGUUCUCAGCUGCCUGGUUUCCAGACUACCUGCACUUUUACUUCAGACUCUGACCAAAAAUACAAAGAAACAAAGGUUUUCUGCUCCUGGUGAGUGAGUCAGGGCUGCACAGCACAGCCGGCCUGCCUGGGCCUUCCUCCCCUCCCUCGGGGUCCAGCCUUAAGCCAGGAGUUCAGACUGUUGGCCCUGACUAACCCUCGAGAGCAGUGCCUGGAGGAGGGGGCUUGGACAAAUGAAUGUCCUGAGACUUGAAUUCAGAGUUCAUUUUCCUUCCCCCUCUUCCCCCUUUAUUUCUGCCCUUCCUUGGCCUUAAGCUACAGUGGGGCUGGCUGCACCCUCCCCUCAGAGCCUGCCCUUCAUUGCUGCCUUUUGGGGGGAGAGGCUGGGGCUGGGCAGGAGCCCUCAGCCCACCCUCCUCUGCCCACUCCCAGCCCUGCUCUGGAGUCAAGAUCAGUCUGUGGGGGGCUUGCUUUGCCGUCUUGAGUGCAAGAGAGGGGAGCAGGCAUGUGCAGCAGCUGCCGCUGGCCGGUCGCAGCCUGGUAGGGCAUCAAGGCUGGCCUUCUCCCUCUGCCCAUUAGUGAGCUUCUCACACACCCCCGUCCUUCCCUGCCUCAGUCAUUGGGAUGUACCAAAGCCCCUGCCCAGGUGCCAAGGCUGACAUGAAGCUGUGGUCCUAGUGGCAUCUUGGCUGAGGUCCCUGCUGCCAGUGUAGCUGCCCUCCUUUCCCACCCUGCUCUGUUGGGCAGGUCAGCUCUACCUCCCCCAGCCAGGUGACUUCCUGGCUUUGUAACCCAGCACCACCCAUCCCUGCCCUCUGCACUGUACUCAGGGUUGAGCCCUGGCUGGGCAGCCCUUCUCUCCCUCCCUCCUAAAAAAAAAAAAAAAAAUGGACAAACCUGCCUCCCC